AUGGCGGAUUCCAACGCAGUCAACGAGGUUGAGGCCUCCGUGGCCAACCUUUUGCUCGAUGAGGUCACGGGCGAGAGAGUCUCCAAGACCGAAUUGAAGAAGCGCCAGAAGCUGCGCGAGAGGGAGGCUAAGAAGAAGGAGAAGGAAGCCAAUGCUCCUCCUAAGCCUGAGAAGAAGGUCUCCGCUGAGGAAGAAGAGGCUAACUUGACUCCUAACCAAUACUUCGAGAUCCGUAGCAAGCGAAUUAACAAGCUGCGCGAGACCAAGCAGCCCGACCCCUACCCUCACAAGUUCCAGGUCACCGAUGACCUGCGCGAAUACCUCAAGACCUACGAUGGUCUCGCCAAGGGCGAGCAGAAGCCCGAUGUCACCGUCCGUAUCGCCGGUAGAAUCUACACCAAGCGUUCUUCAGGUUCCAAGCUCUUCUUCUACGAUAUCCGUGCCGAAGGUGUCAAGGUGCAGGUCGUGUGCCAGGCCCAGAACGCCACCGGGGAUGUCGCCUUCGAGGCUCAGCACGAGCACCUGCGCAGAGGAGAUAUCGUUGGUGUCGUCGGUUUCCCUGGUCGUACCAGCCCCAAGAACCGCGCCGACGGUGAACUUUCUAUCUUCGCCACCGAGGUCGUUCUCCUGGCGCCCUGCUUGCACGCCAUUCCUUCGGAGCACUACGGUUUCCAGGACAAGGAGCAGCGCUUCCGCCAACGUUACCUGGAUCUGAUCAUGAACGAGAGAUCCCGCAAUGUUUUCGUCACUCGCUCCAAGAUUGUUAGCUAUGUGCGCAACUUCUUCGACAGCCGGGACUUCAUCGAAGUCGAGACCCCCAUGAUGAACGCCAUCGCCGGUGGUGCUACCGCCAAGCCCUUCAUUACCCACCACAACGACCUUGACAUGAACCUGUUCAUGCGUGUCGCCCCCGAGCUGUACUUGAAGAUGCUGAUUGUCGGUGGUCUGGAGCGUGUAUAUGAGCUCGGUCGUCAGUUCCGUAACGAGGGCAUUGAUCUGACGCACAACCCCGAGUUCACCACUUGCGAGUUCUACUGGGCUUACGCCGAUGUCUACGAUGUCAUGAACCUGACUGAGGAGCUGAUCUCCGGUCUGGUCAAGCACGUUACAGGUGGCUAUGAGACCACCUUCCACACUCAGUCCGGCGAGGUCUACAACGUCAACUGGAAGGCGCCCUGGAGGCGGGUAGAGAUGAUCCCUGCUUUGGAGGAGGCCACUGGCGAGAAGUUCCCUCCUGGAGACCAGCUGCACACCGCUGAAACUGGCGAGUUCCUCAAGCGCGUGCUUAAGAAGACUGGCGUUGAAUGCUCGCCUCCCCUGACCAACGCCCGUAUGCUCGACAAGCUGGUCGGCGAGUUCAUCGAAGAGACCUGCGUCAACCCUACCUUCAUCACUGGCCACCCCCAGAUGAUGUCUCCCCUUGCCAAGUACCACCGCCAGCACACCGGUCUCUGCGAGCGUUUCGAGGCUUUCGUUUGCAAGAAGGAGAUUGUUAACGCAUACACCGAGUUGAACGACCCCUUCGACCAGCGUCUCCGUUUCGAGGAGCAGGCCAGACAGAAGGACCAGGGUGAUGAUGAGGCCCAACUCAUUGACGAGAACUUCUGCACAAGUUUGGAGUAUGGUCUGCCUCCUACCGGUGGCUGGGGUAUGGGUAUCGACCGUCUGGUCAUGUUCCUCACGGACAACUACAGCAUCAAGGAGGUCCUCGCCUUCCCCUUCAUGAAGGAAGACAAGACAGCGGCGGAGGUCAAGACUGCUGCCGAGGUUGCUGGCAUUGAGCCCAAGCCCGAAGAGGGAAUCCCUCAUAAAUAA